AGACAAGUAAUGAAAUUAUUUUGUCAUGUUUUUCCCGGAAUUCAAUGUCUCCUAAUGGCUAUCUAGAUGUGUUAGUUUCUCCAUUCGUGUCAUUAUGGAAUGCUUUUUGUUUCGUGUUUGUGACUUUGUUGUGGUCAAAUUUGUUUGGCCGUAAAAAGGAACGGAUCUGGUCUAAAAGGGCGCGUUACUCGAACAUACCUGCAGACAUGGCCUCUAGGUCCCCUCGAGAUGGAAGACGUCCAUGUAAAUCUCAGAGCUCUUUAGAUGAAGGCGAUGAUGGUUUACCGAGAGAUAUAGCUAAUCUCAGGGCGUAUCACAAGCAAGCUUAUGGCUACAUUGCAAAGGCCCUGGAAAUCGACGAAGAGGGAGGGGGCCUGUCAUCGAAAAGAAGAGCUGUAGAAUUCUACAGGAAAGGAAUUGGUGAAAUGGAGACAGGACUACAGAUUAACUGUGAUGGAGAAGGAGAGGAAUGGGAAAAAGCCAGAAAGCUGCAAGAUAAAAUGAAAUCAAAUCUGGAAAAUACAAGAGAAAGAUUAGAUGAAUUAGUGGCGUUACUAUUGUCAGCAUCAACUAUUAACCAGGAAGAAGCUGCCAAGUUAAUGGAAGAAGUGGCCCAAGAAGUCAAAGCUGAAGAAACAGCUGACCCUAUAAACAAUGUGAAGAAGCCACCUUCAACAAAAAGCACAAUGGUACUUCCAAAAAAGUCAAAUUCCUCAUAUAGUGCAACUGGCACUGCUACUAAUUCAAAAGUUCCGAGUAGGAUUGUAACGAAAAAAACUGCGUCAACUUCAGUGCCUGCCAGACCAACCAUUGCAGGACGGAGCCCUCUCGCAAGCAGGAGGAAUCCUACACAGACAAGGCAGUCAAAGCCUUCAGUUGGGUCUGAGAAUGACAGAUCACGGCAAAUGGAUGAAAAAAGGAGGAAAAUAUCACGUCUCAAGAAUGUUGAUUCCAAGUUAGCCGAUCAUAUAUUGGAUGAAAUUAUUGAAAGUGGCCCCCCAGUGCACUUUGAUGAUAUAGCUGGUGCAGAAAGUGCUAAGAAACUCCUUCAAGAAAUAAUUAUCCUUCCAUAUUUAAGGCCUGAGCUUUUCACUGGUUUAAGAGCCCCAGCUCGUGGACUGUUGUUAUUUGGGCCACCAGGCAAUGGAAAAACUAUGUUGGCAAAAGCUGUGGCUAGUGAAUCAAAAGCAACAUUCUUUAAUAUAAGUGCUGCCACUCUCACAUCCAAAUGGGUUGGUGAGGGCGAAAAACUCGUGCGAACUCUGUUUACUGUUGCUAGAGAACUGCAGCCCAGUAUAAUAUUUAUUGAUGAAGUGGAUUCUCUUCUAUGUGAGAGAAAGGAGGGGGAGCAAGAGCACAGCAGAAGAAUCAAAACAGAGUUCCUAGUUUCUUUUGAUGGAGUCAUUGCUGAUCCAAAUGAGCGAAUAUUAGUGAUGGGAGCCACCAACAGACCAAAUGAACUUGAUGAUGCAGCUCUCAGGCGGAUGGUAAAACGUGUGUAUGUACCCCUACCGGACAAAGAGACUAGAAAAGUCCUCCUAUCUAAACUUCUCGUCAAGAAUCACAACCCACUAAGCUCAUCGGAGAUGGAGUCUCUCGCCAGACAAACUGAAGGGUAUUCUGGUAGCGACUUGACAGCCCUCGCCCGCGAUGCAGCAUUGGGACCCAUCAGAGACCUUCGUCCAGACCAAAUACAGUCCGUAGAUGCAACUAAGGUUCGUGGCAUUAGCUACAACGACUUCCAGAACUCUCUGAAAGUUAUUCGACCCAGUCUUUCGCCUCAUUCUCUGAGGCUGUUCGAGGACUGGAACAGAUCCUUUGGUAGCAGUGCCCAAGGCUAAGGAACUGAAAUGGCGCUCGAUUCAUGCCCUUUUCACACCCCUUAUAGGAAAUUGAAAAUAGUUCGGAGGUAAUACGAUAUUCUGGGCCUGGUUGUGCAAAAGGCGGUUGGCACAAUUCCAUAGGAAUAUUGAGAGUUAACUUGUUUUCUCUUUUAUUAAAAUGUUCAUAAUGUGCUUACGUUUUUGUGAGGUUUAUCCCGUUGUGAAGCAAAACUGAAUUUAAUAGACAGAUAACCAGGAAAACCUGAACUUACAAAUGUGUAACUUAUUGAAAGAUUAGUGGGUUAGUGGUAUCGUUAUUGACUAACCUGGCCCGAAUUUCUGUUGUUUAUCUGAUUUGGUUUUAAUUUUCUAUUUCUUUGAGAGACGUGAUAUUUGAAAUACCAUGUCCAAUUUCUGUGAUUUUUACCAGAUUGUUUUAAAAAUUGAGAUAACUCGAAAGACCCAAUUUCUUUUUAUAAAAUGAAAUCCAUAGAAAAGAUGAAAGAAAGAAACAAGAUGAAACAAAACUUCUAAUCUGAUUUGACAAGGUGCUAAGACUACAAGAAUCUUUGAUUCUAUCUUAAAUUCAUUCCGUUUUGAGCAAAACUUAGCUUGUAACGCUUCACAAGAAAAUGAAUAGCUCUAGAUCCUGUAUGAUCCACGCAGACGUGUGUUAUGUUUUCUGUAAUUACAAUUGCACCCUUGGAAGAAGUAUUUGUCUGUUGGCUCGUCUGUUAACCCUGAUAAGACUGAUUAACAUCCAACUUCUUCAAACUGUAUCGCCAUAGAAUGAAACUAUAAGGUCAUAAUGAGAAAAUUGAUUAUCUCUAACUGAAUAAUCCAUUGAUUGUUGAAGAAAUUCUCCUAUUCAGUACUAUGGGAAAUGUACAAAGAAUGUUAUGGAGAAUGUACUAGGUUAGGCUUAGGAUUGUUAGGGUUGACCUGAUUUUGUUCUUCAUUCGGGUAACUUGAGCGAGACUGUAUUCCAAAAAAA